AUGGUGAUUAUGGUGUUGGUGCUUCUGCCGCUGCUUGCUAGUGGUGGUAGAUUUGGCGGAGAUACUACUGCCGCUCUGGUUAAUUUCUUUGCUAAUGCUUAUUUCCCAUUAGAUGAAGAUGAAGAAGAACAUGAUGGUGAUCAGAAAAAUCCUUUCCGCUUGUUCCAAUUGUUGCAAUAUUAUAAGCGACAUGCUUGA